GCCUCCAGUGAAAGUGAAAGUGUUCAGACUCGUUCUAACUUCAAGGAGCAGACGGAGGAGACGUGAAGUCUGAGGCUGACUGAAGAUGAGUGUUUAUGAGGAGGAAGAGGACAGAGCAGAGUCUCCAGGGUUCAGCUGUCUGUCUCUGAAGAGUGACCGGUCCAUGGGAGAACCUCCUCUAAACUUCAGUAAUGAACCUGGACCCUCACUCACAAAAGGUCAGGACCACAGACUGAGAGCAGAGUCUCCAGGGUCCAGCUGUCUGUCUCUGAAGAGUGACCGGUCCAUGGAUCCUCAUCCACACUUCAGUAAUGAACCUGGACCCUCACACACAGAGGAGAGGAAGAGGAGUCAUGUUUCUGAGGAGGAGCAGUCGUCCUGCUGUGCUUCGUGUAAGGACGUCCUGAAGGAUCCAGUCUCCACCAGCUGUGGACACUGGUUCUGCAGACAGUGCAUCACCUCAUACUGGGACCAGUCUGGCUCUUCAGGAGACUCCUCCUGUCCCCAGUGUGGAAAAAGAUCCAGAACAGGAGCUGGAGCAGAUCGUGGUCUGCAGGAGGUUGUAGAUGAACAUAAGCUCAGUGUGAGGAGGAGAUGUGAACAUGUGACUGAAGGAAGUGAUGAAACAGGAAGUAGAACCCUCCUCAACAGGAUCUACACUGAGCUCUUCAUCACAGAGGGACAGAGUGAAGAGGUUAAUACUCAACAUGAGGUGAGGCAGCUUGAGACGGCUUCCAAGAUGAAGAGCCACCACGGCACUCCCAUCAAGGUCCAUGACAUCUUUAAAGCCUCCACUGACCAGCAGAGCAGCAUCAGAGUCGUCCUGACCAACGGCGUCGCUGGCGUUGGAAAAACCUUCUCGGUGCAGAAGUUCACUCUGGACUGGGCAGAGGGUUUAGAGAACCAGGAUGUGGGUCUGCUGGCUGUGCUUUCGUUCAGGGAGCUGAACCUGGUGAAGGACCAGCAGCACAGUCUUCUCACGCUGCUCCAUGUUUUCCAUCCAGCGUUACAGAAGCUCACGGCAGAGACGCUCGCUGUCUGUAAACCUUUGUUCAUCUUUGACGGCCUGGAUGAAAGCAGACCUUCUCUGGACUUCAACCACAGGGAGCUUGUGUCUGAGGUCACACAGAGGUCAUCAGUCAACGUGCUGCUGACAAACCUCAUCCGGGGGAAUCUGCUUCCCUCGGCUCUCGUCUGGAUAACCUCCAGACCUGCAGCGGCCAAUCAGAUCCCUCCUGCAUGUGUUGACAGGGUCACAGAAGUACGAGGCUUCACUGACGCCCAGAAGGAGGAGUACUUCAGGAGGAGAUUCAGUGAUGAAGAGCUGUGCAGCAGAAUCAUCUCACACAUCAAGACGUCCAGGAGCCUCCACAUCAUGUGUCAAAUCCCAGUCUUCUGCUGGAUCAGUGCUACAGUUCUGGAGCACAUGUUGACCACAGACCAGAGAGGAGAGCUGCCCAAGACCCUGACUGACCUGUACUCACACUUCCUGCUGGUUCAGACAAAGAGGAAGAACAACAAGUACGGUGAGGGACAUGAGACGACUCCACAGCAGCUGACGGAGGCUGACAGGGACGUUCUCCUGAAGCUGGGGAGGCUGGCACUUAAACAUCUGGAGGAAGGAAACAUCAUGUUCUACCAAGAAGACCUGGAGCAGUUUGGUCUUAAUGUCCCAGAGGCCUCAGUGUUCUCAGGAGUUUGUACUGAGAUCUUCAGAAGAGAGUGUGUGAUCUUCCAGAAAUCAGUCUACUGCUUUGUUCAUCUGAGCGUUCAGGAGUUUCUGGCUGCAGUCUACAUGUUCCACUGUUACACCGAGAGGAACACAGAAGAACUCAACAACUUCUUUGGAACAUAUGGGGAUACAGAGGGUACCUUCUCCCUGGAUGACUUCCUGAAGAGAACCAUGGAGAAAUCCCUCACCAGUACAAAUGGUCAUCUGGACCUGUUUGUUCGCUUCCUUCACGGCCUCAGUCUGGAGUCCAACCAGAGAGUCUUAGGAGGACUGCUGGGUCAGACAGGGACCAAUCCAGAGAUCAUCCAGCGAAUCAUCAACAACCUGAAGGAGAUGGAGAGUGAUGACAUUUCUCCUGACAGAAGCAUCAACAUCUUCCACUGUCUGACUGAGAUGAACGACCACUCAGUUCAUCAGCAGAUGCAACAGUUCCUGACGUUAAAGAACAAAUCGAGGGAGAAACUCUCCGGGAUCCACUGCUCAGCUCUGGCCUACAUGCUGCAGAUGUCAGAGGAGGUUCUGGAUGAGUUCAACCUUAAGAAGUUCAACACGUCAUACCAGGGUCAGCAGAGACUGAUCCCUGCUGUGAGGAACUGCAGGAAGGCUCUACUCGGUGGUAGUGGAUUCUCAGAGACUCACUGUGAAGUCGUGGCCUCAGCUCUGAAGUCAGACCCCUCACAUCUGAGAGAACUGGAUCUGAGUAGAAAUGAGCUGCAGGAUUCAGGAGUGAAGCUGCUGUGUUCUGGACUGGAGAGUCCAAACUGUCGACUGGAGAGUCUGAGGUUGUAUCACUGCAGUCUGUCAGAGAUCAGCUGUUCUUCUCUGGCUUCAGCUCUGAGGUCAAACCCCUCUCAUCUGAGACAACUGAAUCUGACUGACAAUGACCUGAAGGACUCAGGAGUGAAGGAGCUGUGUGGUUUUCUACAGAGUCCAACCUGUCGACUGGAGACUCUGAGGUUGUGGCACUGCAGUCUGUCAGAGAUCAGCUGUUCUUCUCUGGCUUCAGCUCUGAGGUCAAACCCCUCUCAUCUGAGAGAACUGGAUCUGAGUAGAAACGACCUGCAGGACUCAGGAGUGAAUGAGCUGUGUGGUUUUCUACAGAGUUCAACCUGUCGACUGGAGACUCUGAGGUUGAAGGACUGCAGACUGACAGAGAUCAGCUGUUCUUCUUUGGCUUCAGCUCUGAGGUCAAACCCCUCUCAUCUAAGAGAACUGGAUCUGAGUAGAAACAAUGACUUGCAGGACUCAGGAGUGAAGGAGCUGUGUGGUUUUCUACAGAGUCCAACCUGUCGACUGGAGACUCUGGGGUUGUGGAACUGCAGACUGUCAGAGAUCAGCUGUUCUUCUCUGGCUUCAGCUCUGAGGUCAAACCCCUCUCAUCUGAGAGAACUGGAUCUGAGACACAACGACCUGCAGGUCUCAGCAGUGAAGGAGCUCCUUGAUCAAAAGCAGAGUUCAACCUGUCGACUGGAGAUUCUGAGGUGGGAGUGGUCUCAGUUAAGGUGAGUGUGAAGAGGACAGUGUGUGUGGACGGAGGCUGAGCUGUGUCCUGAGGAUCCAGAGGCUGAAGCAGCAGCAGCAGCUGUUUGUGAGAUGAAGCCGGAGCACCUGGAGAAAACACGGGGAGAACAUGCAGACUCCACACAGGAAGACCCCAUCUGAACCGGAUUUAACCAGCAACCUUCUUGCCCCGAUUGUGUUUAUUCACAUGAAGACUGUGUUUAUUGAAAUGACACAACACAAGCAGAAUAUAUAAACCCUCUAUAAAGAGUCAGAUACAGUGUGUUUAAGUUUGUCUUUAUUAUUGUCCACCUUUGUCCCUCAGUGUGUCUCCAUGUGUGUAGAACCACAUUCUGUGUAUAUGUUUGUUUAUGAUCUUAAAGUUCCUGGAUUCACGUCACAAAUUGAUUUAGUUCAACAUAAAGUUCAACACAUUGAAAUCACUUUGAGUUUAAAAUCAGAGUUUUGUCUUUGACACAAAAGAUCAAAACUCUGGACUUAAAAAUGGGACGUUUUCAUUUCUGCAUCAGGUGCAGAGCGGUGGUGGCUUUUCUCCUUUUGACCCACAGGUGGCGCUGCAGUAUAACAGCAGCACAUCCCAGUCAAAGCCUUUAUAUUCAGUCUAUGAGUCAAACACAUGGAUCAUUUCCUCUGUGACAAACCAGAUGUAACGAGAAGAAAAACAUCUCAGAGAGAAAAGUUCUGUGUCUACUUGUCUCUGCUUUAAUGCUCAAUAAACAUCCUUCCACCGAC